CCAAAACACAACUACUUGUCAACACACCGACCUCCAAACGAAGGGGAAAACAAAAUACUGUACCGGGAAGGUUAAAUCCGGCUUCAAGACCUCCCCGGAAGAGUCGUUGAGAAGCAGGAGACGAGACAGAGAUGCAAGGCGCCGAGUGUUGCAUCCACGAUUUCCUUGCUCCCUUGCGAAGACCACGGCAAAAGGCCCUCCGAAACGACCACAACGACAGCAGCGACACAACGCUCCGAAGAACCACCCCCGGCGGAUCGUCGCCGUCGCUCCCGGCGGGUCUCGGUCUGCUUCUGCCCCUGCUUGUGCUUCUGGCAGCGGAACCCUCCCACCCGAUGCGAUUCCCGGCCCGGACCUUUUCCCCGCGCCCAGGGGCCUUCCGGGGGGCGGCUCCCGGCCGCGGCGCUUGUGCCGAUCCGCAGAGGCGGUUCCGCUCGGCCACUGCAAGGGCAGGGCUCUCCGGGAGGGGGGCCUUCCUUGACGCCCGGGCCCGGUGGUUCUCGGGCAAAGGCCAGAAGCAAGCCCUCUUUGCGAUCGUGCCCGAGCUGGACAGCACCGGGGACGACGAGGCUUUUGAUCCGGACCAUGCCUACGACCAGCAAGGGCCUCUGCAGGGUGGCUUCGACCCUUGGGGACCACCCCCCGGCCCGGAUCCCUACGACCAGAGGGGAGAACAAGACGAUGCUUUUUCCGGCCAGGGGAACAGUCCCAUCGCCAACCCCUUUUCCUUUCCGAUGCCCACCUUUUCGUACACCGAAGAAGGAAACACGCUGGAGCAAAGCGAAAGCAGGGGGAAGACCAGCAGCAGCAGCAGCAGCAGCAGCAGCAACAACAACAGCAACAACAACA